GCUCUCCAGACUUAGCAUGCAACACUCCUCCCUUCCACCCUCACAACCCACGACGACCACGGCACCGACUUCGCGGCGACGACGAGACAUCCUUUCCACCUGACGACAAGACGCCCUUCGCGGCGCACACAAGGGGCAUGCAUGGGCCUCAGCGCCGCCAGAACCCAUCCAACAUGCAUGGCGCCUUCUCGCAACAGAACGCAUAUCAUGGCGGAGGGCAACCCGACUGGCAACACCACCCAAGCCAGGCACAGCAGCAACAUCACUAUGCUGCGCAGACACAAGCUGCCGCUGCGGCCAACGCCGUCGCAGCCCAGCAGCAGCACUACGGACGAGCGAUGAGCGCCGCGGGCCAGAACAACGGCAACGGCAACCCGGGCGGUAACGCGAUGAAUGGCGCCUCUGCGCUUGUUGGAGGUGCUCUGGGCGGCGGUGCUGGCGCUGAGCAUGGAGGCGGGAUGGGCUCAGGCGAGAACAUGAGUGAAGACAACCGCCGAGUGCUGGACUGGAUCUCUCAAGUCCUGCGACCCGAGACACGCGAGGCCGCUUUGUUGGAACUUAGCAAGAAGCGAGAGCAGGUCCCUGAGCUGGCGCUCAUACUGUGGCACUCUUUCGGCGUCAUGACGUCUCUGCUGCAAGAGAUCAUAUCAGUAUACCCGCUGCUGAACCCCAGCCAGCUCACAGCAGCCGCAUCUAAUCGUGUUUGCAAUGCGCUCGCCCUGUUGCAAUGCGUGGCUAGCCAUGGCGAGACCAGAGGACUCUUCCUGAAUGCUCACAUCCCGCUCUUCCUGUACCCGUUCCUCAACACGACCUCCAAAUCCAGACCGUUUGAAUAUUUGCGGCUGACCUCUCUUGGUGUUAUCGGCGCGCUCGUCAAGAAUGACAGUUCUGAGGUCAUCAACUUCUUGUUGACUACCGAGAUCAUCCCACUCUGCCUUCGGAUUAUGGAAACCGGAUCGGAGCUCAGUAAGACAGUCGCCAUCUUCAUUGUCCAGAAAAUCUUACUUGAUGACAUGGGUCUGCAAUAUAUCUGCCAGACUUACGAGCGCUUCUAUGCCGUGGGAACGGUCCUGAGCAACAUGGUCACUCAGUUGGUCGAUCAACAGACUGUGCGCUUACUCAAGCACGUAGUGCGAUGUUUUCUGCGAUUGUCGGAUAAUGCUCGUGCUCGAGAAGCGCUCCGCCAGUGUCUACCAGAGCCACUGCGUGAUGCAACAUUUUCGCCAGUCUUGAGAGACGAUGCUGCGACUAAGCGUUGCCUGGCGCAGCUGCUUCUGGCUCUGUCAGAUGGCGCCGAAGCGCCCAUCACCGGAGCUUACGGACAUGGCCAACACAGUCUUCUUCCUGGCGCGAUGUCCUAGUUCGACCCGAGCCGACACUGUCUUCCUCCUGGUCCGAUGUUCUAGUUGGAGUCGUGGGAACUUGCGAAUGCCCUUUAUCCGCGUCCUUUCGGAGGAGCUUUGCAGGUUUAACACGCCCCUGCAUGAUCCAUCUGGAGUACCACUACGAGUUUCAGAUUUGGUCUGAGACGAUAUCUCUUCUUCGGGCGCUACCGGGCGGCGACGUUCUCGGCCUUCUCCGGCACAGUGGACCAGGGCUACCAUCGGUAACACACCAACCUCACCAGCGACAUUUCUUCUACUUCUGUCGUCUCUGCCUGCCUGCUUUCACGCGGCGGCGGGGCAACCUGUUUCUUCUUAUACCCCCUUUGCUUUAAGUUGCUUCGUUUUCGCGGGCUUUUCGAAGAGAACAAAAAGAUCAAUCAUCAUCAUCAUCAUCAUCGUCGGGGAGAGGGAAAAAAUGAGCAUUUUCGAAACAGGCGUUUUUGACUGUCUGUGAUGGACACACUGUAAAGCUAGGGAGUUCAAACCGUCAUCACACCAACAAGGGGGCGCGAGCGCAGAACACACGACGUACUUUGGUUAUUGAGGGGGAACGAACAAACAAUGGAUGAGUGCGAGAGGGGCGAAAGGUGAUAUGGUUCUUCUUUUUAUGAUGAUGGAAGGGAGCUGGAGCUUAUGGUGUUUUCGAAUGCGGGACGAGGACGAAGACUAUUAUGCUCUCUGCUGUGCUAUGCUGCGCUGUGCUAAGCUUGUGUGCGGAAUGUAUUAUUGGGAUUACGUCUCGGGAGUAAGAGCGUGUCGAGAGAGACAGAAGCAAAAGUGAACGAAUAGAUUUGAUCUUCUCAAUAUCGUUUUUCUCUUCACAGAACCUGAACUUGAAAAGCUGAUUCAGCUUAUCCCCAC